UGUCAAUGAUUUACUGCAGCAUUUCGGAGCCUGGUGGGCUCCGUGCUCCUUCCAGCACUCCUGAAAACUUAAAAGCUUUGCUUUGCAGCUGGUCUGCAGCAAACAUUUACAUAUGGCAGAGCAAUGUGGUGGAGCCUGGCUCAGCUCUGUGCCCUGAUCCUGUCUGUGUUCCCCCUGGCUCCAACACCAGCCCUGGCCACGGCGUGCAGGGAGCUCCAGGUGUUGCCUUCCCACAGAAGAAGCAGCAGAGAUGUUAAUUCUCCAGCUCCUGUUGACUGUCAGCUGAGCCAGUGGUCAGGAUGGACUGAUUGCUUCCCUUGCCAAGAGAAAAAACACAGGUACCGGCGGCUGCUGCAGCCAGCAGCGUUCGGAGGGCGACGCUGCUCAGGACACCUCUGGGAUGAGCAAGCCUGCCAAGCUGGGACAACGUGCACAGGGCCAGCAGGGUGUGGAGAGGACUUCCAGUGCGAGGGAACAGGGCGCUGCAUUAAACGGCAUCUCGUGUGCAACGGGGACAGAGACUGCAGAGAUGGCUCUGAUGAGGAUAACUGUGAGGAUGAAGAUAGUGAAAACCCUUGUCAACAUCUGUUCCCAAUCCCAGGGGUGGAAAAAGCAGUCCAAGGAUACAACAUCCUGACAGAGGAAGGGAGACAGAACAUUUACGACCCUGGGUUUUUUGGGGGGCUCUGUGAGUAUGUGUACAAUGGGGAGUGGAGGGAGCUGCAGUACGACGCCGCCUGCGAGCGCCUGCACUACGGCGACGACGAGAAGCAUUUCCACAAGCCCUACAACUUCCACGUGUACCAGUUCCUGGCUCAUGCUGAUUCUGGAUUUGCUUUCGAGUUUUAUGACGAUUCAAAGGACCUGCUUGAUGCCCUUAAAAGUGAUAAAUCCAAAACAACGGGCUUCACCGUUGGAAUUGGGCCUGGAGGUGGAGAUGUCAUGUUAAACCUGGGCCUCACUUUAUCAGGUGGCAAAGGAUCCCUGAGGAAUUUCACACAAUACGAUGCAAAGCAUGUUGGAUUCAUGAGGGCUGUGACCAAGGUGCAGACAGCCCGCUUCAAGAUGAGAAGGGACAACAUUGUUUUGGAUGAAGAUGUGCUGCUCUCCCUGCAGGACCUCCCAGACACCUACAACUAUGGCAUGUAUGCCAAAUUCAUCAACGACUAUGGCACCCACUUCAUGACAUCUGGCACCAUGGGGGGUGUCUUUGAGUACAUCCUCGUCAUCAAUAAGGAGGAAAUGAGAAAGAAAGACAUCAGCACUGAGCAGAUAAGUGCCUGUGUUGGCCUGUCCCUUGGCAUUACAGUCAGCAAGGAGACGCUGGAUCUGAGUGGAAAUCUGAAACACUCUGACUGCAAAAAAAAAGGAUUCCUGAAAACUGAUGCUGACAGCCACAGUGCAGUUGUGGAAGAUAUUAUUCCUCGGGUUAGAGGGGGAGAUACCUCUUACAGUGGAGGGCUCCUGAACAGUUGGGAUGGCAAAAUGUAUCGUCACUGGGGCAGGUCAUUAAAAUAUAAUCCUGCUGUUAUUGAUUUCCAGCUGCAGCCCAUCCACGAAAUCCUGCGCAGGAGCAACCUGGGCCACAUGGAGAGCAAGAGGCAGCACCUGAAGAGGGCUCUGGAUGAGUUCCUGCUGGAAUUCAGCCCCUGCCGCUGCGGGCAGUGCCACAACAACGGGGAGCCCGUCCUGCUGGGUGACACCUGCUCCUGCCACUGCCGCCCUGGCUACAGGGGACCUGCCUGUGAGCAGGGCAAGCGCCCAGAUGCUGAGGUGGAUGGGCACUGGAGCUGCUGGUCGGGCUGGUCCCCAUGCCAGGCAGGGACGUCGCGGCGCAGCCGGCACUGCUCCAACCCUGCCCCACAGCACGGAGGGCAGCCCUGUGCUGGGAAAAACCUCCAGAGCAGAGCCUGCUGAAAGCCCCAGCUGCUGGGAUGGGCUGGCUGGAACCUGGCCUGGGCUGUGAAUACUCCAGGAGAGCGAUGGAAUUACCCCUGGGAGAAAUAAUCGACCGGCGAUGCGUUCACUGUGUAAAACCUGAACAACUGCUCCCAAAACUCAGUGAGAUUCCAGGGAUUCCUGGUGGGGGGAAACUGGGAAAAAGCUGGUAAACACUGGGAAAAAAAUCCGGGGAGAAUCUGACUCUAAAUGGCCAAAAAAAACCCCAAAAUCAUGCUAAAAACGGCCUUGGGAGCCCUCAAAUCUGCGCUGAAACACCCCAAAUCUGCACUAAAACACCCCAAAAUGGCCCCAAACCUGGCGAGAUUCCAGAGAUUCCUGGGUGGGGGUGGGAAACCUUGAAAAAGGCUG